UCUGACUUCAUCAGUGUUGGACGGGUCAGCUGAUGGAGUUCCUGCUGCUGUAGAGUGUUUAGUUAUCUGGACCUGAGUGGUUACAAUCUGCAGAUAUGAGAAAACCGGCGCUUUAAACAGCAUGUUAAUGUGAUUUCUGCCUGGUUUACGAGACACAGGUUACAACAGAUCCUACUGUACAUCAUGGCCUCUUCAUUUACACUUGGUCCAAAAUUCCAUGAGAAAGUGAAGGAAUUACUGGAGGAAGACACUGCAUCACCAGAAUUACUUGAGCAGUUGGAAACAAUUAAAGAGGAGACAACCAUUCCAUUUAAGACAGCAAGAAGAUUACAGAAGCUUCUUCAGGAAAAUGGAUAUCCAGUGUAUCUUCAUGAGUUACUGGAAGACAGCAUGCUAUAUCUUCCCAAGGUCGAACUCCCUCCAAGAAAUCCUGAGUUGGUGGCGCGUCUAGAGAAGAUUAAAGCAAAGCUGGCAAAUGAAGAAUACAUGAGAAUCACACGGAAUGUAAAUCCUCAGGAAAUUAGUAGUCAUGGAACACUAGCCGACUUUGGAAGAGAAGUUCGCUCUGUUAAAGCAGUUGUUGUUACUGUCUUCAACUUCUUGGUAACGGUCGUUGCAACCUUCGCAUGUGCCUACAUGGGGAGUCAGUAUCUCUUCACAGAAACAACAUCGAGAGUAAUUUCUGCAGUCAUUGCUGCCUCUGUAGUUGGUCUGGCAGAGCUUUAUGUCCUGGUACGGACUAUGGAAGGUGAUUUGGGAGAUCCGUAACAUCCGACAGCAAGUGAGGGAUUUAGGCUGGUCACUGGAUCCUUUCCCCAUGACAUCAUCAGGGAGCUUUUCUUUACCAUAUGUCAUCUUUAAAUCAAAAAUCUUUUCCACAGUUUAAGGAAGGAUUCAGGAUGGAACAAGUAAUACAAAAAACAUAACUGUGUAAAGAACAGCAGGUAAAAUAUUGUUUGUCUUCUCAUUAUUAAUUUAUUGUUAUGAGGUACCUUUUAAUGGACGUGUUUGUGUAAUUGUAAAGUAAUACAUGUGUUUUUGAUUUAUUUAGUAAAAAAUGAUAUGCAUUACACAUCA